CUGUAUAAAUUCGUCAGGUCUCCCGGGAGGGACAUAAGGGAUGGUAUUGUUAUUGUUAGAGGACGUAGUUAUCAAGUUAGCCAUCAAAUAUCAACAUUUACUGUUUACAGGACGAGCUUUGGUGCUGUUCGGCUUUCCGUUUAUCCGCACAGAUCCAGUAAGAUUUAUUUCACGGUGUUGGAUAAAGGAAAGACACAUCGAUAUUGACUUUGUCCGUAAUGUAAGCUGAUCGAAAGUGUAAAGAAGUCUGAGAAGUGACACAAUGUAUUCCAGUGUCCAUAUAUUCAGCAUGAAGGGUCCAGCCGUCGGGUUGUCCUUCAUCUCCGCUCUUCUCAUAGUUUGGACAUGUGUUUCAGCACCGUUGGGUUCGGCAUACCCUCUCGAAGGAGGGACAGAUAUCCCACAGUUGAGGUUCGUGGAUAGGAUCGAAAAGUUUAAGUUCGGAAUCAACUGGCACAACGUGUCGUGUACGGUGUGUAAGGUGUUGUUCACCACGGUUGAUAUUGCGCUUCUGAGUGACACAAACAUGGAGCGUGUGGCACAUGCUGUGAGAGAAGCUUGCAUCCGACUGCAUUUCGCCAAUCCACAUGUGUGCCAAGACAUCACUGAGCUCUUCCGAGAAGAUUUCAUCCGGGCGCUUCAGAAGUCUUACCUCUGGCCCUCUGAGGCCUGCGCCAUACUGGUGGGACCCGAGUGUGGUCAUUUUGAUAUUUACGCCCCCUGGAACGUAUCACUGCCACGGGUACCCAAACCCCCUGUGACUCCACCAACCGCUCCCCAACAGGGUUCUCCACAAAGCAGGAUCCUCUUCCUUACGGAUAUCCACUGGGAUGCAGUGUACGCUGAGGGAAGUGCAACCAAUUGUGACGAGCCCCUCUGCUGUCGAAACCAAUCUGGAAGGGCCAUCUGGAGACACAAGGGUGCCGGAUAUUGGGGCACCUACAGCAAAUGUGACCUCCCUUUGCGCACGAUUGAGAACCUUCUAAAAAACGUGGCCAAAUCGGGACCCUGGGAUUGGGUGUACUGGACGGGUGAUAUUCCAGCACACAAUGUCUGGUCUCAGACCAGAGCUCAACAGCUGAACGAACUCAUCACUAUCUCUAGACUCAUACUCAAAUACCUGGGGCCCAAUGUAACUGUGUAUCCCGCGGUAGGAAAUCAUGAGAGUACACCGGUAAAUGGUUUCCCACCUCCGUUUAUACAUGGAAACAGGUCUUCUAGCUGGUUGUAUGACACCAUGGCAAAGGAAUGGGGACAUUGGUUACCUGCAGAAGCCCUGAAGACUGUACGGCACGCUGGAUUCUACACAGUGGAAGUUCAGCCUGGUUUAAGGGUGGUGUCUUUAAAUAUGAACUUCUGUGCAAGAGAGAACUACUGGCUGAUGGUGAACUCUACAGAUCCAGCAGAUCAACUCCAGUGGCUCGUUCACAUACUGCAAGAGUCAGAGAACAAGGGCGAGAAGGUCCACAUCAUUGGACACAUUCCUCCUGGACUCUGUCUGAGCAGCUGGAGUUGGAAUUACUAUCAUAUAGUCAACAGGUAUGAAAGCACCAUAACAGGUCAGUUUUUCGGACACACGCAUAUGGAUGAGUUUCAGAUGUUCUACGACGAAGAAACACUGACACGUCCCUUGGGUGUGGCUUUUAUUGCACCAAGCGUAACCACGUAUGUCAACCUGAACCCAGGUUAUCGUGUGUAUUACGUGGAUGGGAACUACCCAAACAGUAGUCGAAUGGUGUUGGAUCAUGAGACCUUCAUUCUUAACCUGACACUUGCCAACAACCAAUCAAACAGCCCAGGUUUACCCACGAAUCCUGACCCUAACCCAUCAUGGACUCUAUUGUACCGUGCUACUAAAGCCUACGGUCUGUCCACCCUCUUCCCGUCAGACUUUGAAAGUUUGAUCAAAGAGUUUAUAAAUGAUGAUCGUGUCUUCCAGCGGUUCUGGUAUCUUCAUCAUAAAGGCCACGUAUCGAAGCCCUGCACGGAGAUUUGUAAGACUGGACUUAUUUGUUUCCUACGUAGUGGACGAACUGACCUCUUUAAACAAUGUGACGUUCCCUCUUUUAGAAAGACUAUGUGUUGAGCUGAGACCAGACUAGAUGUGUUAACCUGGAUUGUGCUAUUGGUUUCAAAAAUUGAAUUUAAUACCGAACCAACAUCACAUACUUAAUUUAGCACUUUUCAUUUUGUUUAAUUUUCAAGUUUGUAGCAAAUUUGUUUAUUAUCUGUCAGUCUGUCCCUGUGCACUUAACCUAAAUCUAUAGGCCAAUGACCGCAGUUGAUAUUCAAAGCUGUAAAGUACAUGGUCAAGGGCGAUUGUUCUUGUAAAUCUAGCAUUUUAAGGUAGUGACCUACAGUUUAUUGAACAGGAAAAUGUAGUGGUUAAAAACAAAACUAACAUCACAACUGAAUCAUGUGGCGUGUUAGCGCUUAAUGUAAAAACCACAGCUGCUUAAACUUAGUCCUAUGUUCUCACUUAUCUGUGGUUUGAAUGUUUUCGUCACUGUGGUCAGUCGCUUUAAUGUUUUUUGUUAUUUCCUGUGACUUUUGUACACUGGAGCCUGUACAAGGCAGGUUGUAUGAGAGUAUGGUUUGUUGAUUCAGUCCAAAUCCCCUAUUGACCUUAUGAAUUAGGUCAAGAUAAAAGCUGGCACAGAUAACAUGUAAAAAAAUUGUCAUGUGACACUGAAAUGUCUUGCAAGUCUUGAAAUACACUUGCGAUUAUGCACGAAACAUAGAGACUAUGAAUGUUAAAAUGAUUUUGUGAUGCAGGGUUUGAUUUGCUGCCUAAUGAAAUAUUUUGCAGAGAC